UUGGAGCGGGAUUUUACGCGUGCAUAUUUGGUAACACUUUGGCCAACCGUGCGCGCAGUGCUCUUAUAAAACAUUUGAAGAGCUCCAUGCUCAACAGACCGUGCGGAGGUAUUCUGAUAUCAGCACAGUAGACGUAGCGCAUUGGCUCACUCAGGGAUAUUGUGGAUAUUAUACUACUCCGUGGAGCAUCCGUUUGGGGAGCAUGACAACCGGAGCCAUUCGGGACGCAGCGGAUCGGGAGAAGCCCGCUCUCAGUCAAGCAGAACUGAUGAAGAGGAGGAACAGGAUGGCGAUAUGGCUGGUACUGGGCAUGCUCUGUCUGUCCCUGGUCCUGGUCAUUCUGGGGAUCUACACCACCACUCGCACAGAGAGCCUCAGCAUCACCGGAUACACCUCUGGAGUCAUUUUGGCGUUUGGAUCCUUCCUGGGUGUUCUUGGACUCUGCCUGGAGGAAAACCGAAAACAGCUGCUUGUGGCGGCCAUUGUUUUCCUCAGCUUCGGGAUCAUUGCCUCCUUCCUGUGUCUGGUGGUGGAUGGCGUCUUCAUCGUUUUCAACGUGGAUGUCCGUCCUCUGAAAGCAGGGAGAUGCCAGUUUUACACAAGUGGAAAUAGCUACAUCUAUGAGAAUUACUAUGCCUCUGUGCCGUGCCAGGGUCUCACGGAGUCAUGUACUAUGAAGGUACGCAGUGGGACCUGCUACUGCUGCGACCUUUAUGACUGUGCCAAUGGGGGCUACAUGAACAACUACUAUGAGUUUGUGGGUGUGCGGAGCUGCGGGGACGUGCUGUCCCUGUACGUGUUGAUCUGGGUGCUGACCAGCCUCAACCUGGUGGCCUUCUUCCUGGGUAUCCUGACCACUGCUGUGCUGGGAAGCAUCAAGGACCAGAGGAGCAGCUCAGUGACCCUGCUGUCAUCUCAUCUCUCAGAGGGUGGAUGUCUUUCCUCCGCCACUGCCCCCCUGCUGAUGGACAACACCAACAAAGGACACCAACACCUCUACCCGAGAGCCUCCUUAUACUUUGCCCCAGUAGCGGGGAAGGAGUUCCCCCAGAGUGAUCCAUCAGUACCCCUCCAUCCCGACCCCAACCCCCCUCCCUUCGCCCCGCUCUAUAACCUGCUGCCCUACAAACCACAGAACUUUUCUGUCUGAAUGAACCUCCCUAUUCCAGCGUUCUGUUGCCAACUUGUCAUACAACUAGGGCCAGGUGUUUCCUCCAGGCACUCCUGGCCCUAGACAUGACAGUCAUAACACAUCCAGGGGGAUCUGUAUUUUGGAGUUUAUUUUAGAAUAGUUGUUGGGUAUGGUGUAAAAUGUCUGUAUAUGAAAUGUAAAUACGUUGAGCUAUUUCAAAUGAUUUGUCAAUUCUUUUGGUCUUAUGCUGUGCAUUCUACAAACGAGUGAAAAGGCUCAUUAUUUAAGACCUUUUGUGAAAUGUGUGGUUUGACAAAAUACAUGUACUUUUUUUAUACAUCUUAAAAUCAAAUGUAUCUGCUAAUAAAGUAAUAACAAGUCAUGUUAAGUCUUUUUUUCUGAUUAAAUUAACUAAUGGACCGACA